AUGAUAGUAGCUUGUGUCAGUUGUGCUGUGUUCGAUGAACGUCCCUCCCCUCUUCCUGUGCUUCAGGUCGUGGACUCUCUGGACGUGUCUGCUCACGGCACCAGAGUGGGUCUGGUUCAGUACUCCAGCCGGGUCCGGACCGAGUUCCCUCUCAACAUGUACCACACUGCUGAUGACAUCAAAGCUGCAGUCAUGAAUGUGGACUACAUGGAGAAAGGCACUAUGACCGGUCUGGCCCUGAAACACAUGCUGGAGAACAGCUUCUCAGAGGCAGAGGGCGCAUGUCCUUCCAGCCGCAACAUCCCCCGAAUCGGACUGGUGUUCACAGACGGACGCUCGCAGGACGACAUCACGGAGUACGCCAAGAUGACCAAAGAAGCCGGUAUCACCAUGUACGCGGUGGGUGUCGGAAAAGCUGUGGAGGACGAGCUUUGUGUGAUUGCAUCUGAGCCUGUGGAGAAACAUUUCUAUUACACCACCGACUUCAGCGCCAUCAGCACCAUCGCUGAGAACCUCAAACUCAACAUCUGCCCAGAGGAGAGUCAGGGGGAGAUUGAGGUGAAGGACCCGUGUGCCUGUGAGAGUCUGGUGGAGUUCCAGCAGGCCACCAUGAGCAGCCUGGAGCAGCUCACAACCAAACUGACUGGGAUGACGGCUCGUCUGGAGCAGCUGGAGAACCAGCUUCUCUCCAGGAAGUGAUCUGAUCUGCAUCCCAGUGAGCCGACGGGACGCCACGGAGGAAGAAUAACAGAUUGAGGAAGAGGAGGGCUCAUCAGAAACCCCUUCCAACAAACAGACAAAAAACCUUUGUGUGUCUUUUCACACCGAGCCUUUGUAGCCUUCGGUCGGCCUGCUGCUCUUCACGCUGACAAGGACGACAUUUAUCAAAAAGCUCGUGGUAUAGAAUCAGAUUUGUGGUAUAGGGAAUGGGAAUGGGACGUCACCGACAGCGGGUCGGACAUUUUUUGGAGGAUAAAGGGUGAGAGCGCCAUCCGCUGGCUGUUUACUGCAAGUAUCAAUAGAUAACACAAAACACUGCACAGAGAAUAAGAUUCAAAAGCUGAAUUGUGGUAUAUAUAGUAUACAGUAGGGCUGCACAAUUAAUAGAAUAUUAAUCACGAUUUUGGCUUCCCACAAUUAAAUGAACAUUAUCGACUACGAUACUGACGUUUGAAAUGUGUUCUGCUCAUAGAAAACGCUGCGAAGCAAGCGCUCUCUAAACUAACAGCCACCAGCCACUGAUCCAGAUGUUUUUAUUACUUACAGAGAUUAUCUAUACAACCAAUGUGUUUAUGAUUAAAUUGAGAGCAUAACAUUGUUUAUUUAGCCUCUUAUUUUACUCUCAAAGUGCACCAGAUUGAUGCAUUUAACUUUAAAAUGUAGAUAGCAAAAAGGGUAGGGUGAAUAUUCACGUAUCUUUUCGUAUUGCAGGAAAAAAAACUGUUGUAAUGUCAGUUUUUUACCGACAUGGUGCAGCCUUGAUUUAUACAUCAGCAGGAAUGUAACACAGCGUGGAAGUGAAAGCGGUUCUCUGUUUGUUUUAAAGUGAAAGUGCAGAAAUAAAAAUAUGUUGUCGCAAAAAAAUCAAUGAAUAAUCAUGAUCUCAAUAUUGACCAUCAUUUUGGCCAUAAUCGUGCAGCCCUAGUAUACAGUCAGACACAAAGGUAGGCUAACAUUAUGGGUUUAUCAUUUUACAAGAUACCUGUAGAUUAAAUAUGCAGUAUUAACAAAUGUUUUAUUAGUAUUCUGUUAGCAUAACAUUAGCUAGCUUAUCUUUAUCUGGAUGGUUGUGUAGUCGUCAUUUGGCUUGUAGAUCUUAAUGUCAUAUACCUACCUGUUUAUAAACUGGACAUCGACCUCCAAGAUUGACAUAUUUUGACCUACUGCAGGUGUUCACUAACACAAAAACACAUCAGUGACCAUAACGGGAGUCAAACUGUCAAAGUCCUCCUAAUUCACACGUACUUUAUACAUGUCUGAUGAUGAUCGAUUGAUGACGGAUGAACAGACCGAUGAUAUAUAACGACAGUCUACAGUAGCUCCGUACGCUACCCUCCAAAAAUUGCGGCGCGCCCCAGAAUGCU